AUGGUCGAUCUUUCCAAGCCUCACCGCAUCAUCGGUGAGGCUGCCAGGAGCUUUGAAUCACUAUUGUCUCCCAGUGAUGCACGUUUAUUCGAGAAGACUACGCUCGCCGAUGUGCAGGAAGCUGCCUUGACCAUCCAGCGUGCGCAGGCAGACAGAAAAUCCCUUCGAAACAUCGCACGACUAGCUGGAUUGUUUAUAGCGUUGCCAGCAUUCGCUGCAGUUCUCCAACCCCUUUGCCCAGAACCUGCAUGCCUCAACUUUCUAUGGGCACCAAUCGGUUUAUCCUUGCAUGUGAGUCUCAUACUAAACGAAUCCACGAACUGUGAGAUUGCAGACGGCUAUGCCUCUGCCUUGGAUCAACUCAUCUAUGCGUACCAACAAAUCGCAGAACACCUUCCCCUCUUCGACCGUCUGACCCCUCUGCUUCUCCAGGAUGAAGGUACACAGUCAAUGAUCGCUCACGUCUAUGGUGAUAUACUGGAGUUUCAUUAUUGCGCUUAUCGACUGCUGCGUCAAAACUCCUGGAAAGUACUAUUCGAUGCCACCUGGAAGAAUUUCGCACUUCGUUUCAAUGGGAUCCUUGAGAGGCUUGGCAAGAGCAGAGACGUCCUUGCUGCAGGAGUAGACAGCAUUGCCGUCCUGGCAGACGAAACUUUUCGUCAGGAGGUUCUUGAUCGGAUGACCCGGUUGGAAACUGAAAGGGACACCUUGCAACUACGAAAUGUUCUCACUUGGCUGAAUGGAACACGGCUGGAUGAGGAUCAAGAAUCAGUACUGCAAAACCGUUCAAUUGCCCGCCAGCAAGGGACGUGUGAAUGGAUUUUGGAAAAUCCUAAUUUGCGAUCAUGGCUGGAUCCCGAAGACAAUCGACCCCUUCUUUUGCUGCACGGAAAACCGGGCUCAGGGAAGACGACCAUUGCCGCCUUUCUGAUAGAGAACGGUCCCUGGCCAGCCAAUAGUACCCUCCUCUACUUUCUCUGCCCUGAUGAAUCCCCGCGUCCUGGAUUCAGUGCAGACAGCCAGAUAUUGCAAUGUUUGAUUGCACAACUCCUCACCAAGAAUCGGGCCCUCGUUCCAUAUCUUCACGAUAGACUUACUUCAUCAUCUCAGAGCAUGAUGACUCUGCUCUCGGAGCUGCUACGAGCUACUGGGUCUGCGUUCCUGAUCAUCGACGGGCUUGAUCAGUGUGAACCGGAGAGUCACGCCUCUAUCCUGGCAAAACUGGCUGGUCUCUGGUCAUUGAAGGAAAGCAGCAGUCCAGACCGUGCUCUGGUUAAAGUUCUCGUUUGUUCAAGAUCGACGGUGGAAAUCUACUCAAAGUUGGGGAAAUUCCCCGGAAUCUCUUUGUCCGACGAGACAAAGUCGAUAUCGGAAGAUAUUGCCAUUUUUGUAAAGAAAACCCUUGCUCCCUUGCAUGACUUGGACUGUGCAGAUGUGGUAGAGGAGAUGGAGCAGAUGGUGGUCGCGCAAGCUGACGGAGUGUUUCUGUGGGCGAAGCUUGCUGUUGCCCAAUUGCUCAGCCAGCAUACUGUAAAGGGUUUGCACGCUGCGUGGGCCAAACUGCCGCCUGGGCUUUCGGAAUUAUAUACCGUUAUUCUCCAUCGACUUCAGGACUGCGAUGAGCAACAAAAGCGACACAUCAAUCAUGUUCUUGGGUUGCUGGUUGUUGCAUAUCGACCUCUAAAAGUCUGGGAGGUUUGUGAUGCGAUGCUAUUGCAGGAUGGCCAGUUGCCACUCAACAGCGAGACAAACCUCCUGCACGACAUCAUCGACAUGUGCAAACCCUUUGUUGAGAAAGGGAAUCAUCAGACUAUCAGACUGGUGCAUGGGUCUGCCAAAGACUACCUGUUGACCGAGUUGAACGGUUCCUGUAUACAGCUCCAGCAAGCACACAUCAAUAUUACACAAGCUUGCAUACGAUGUUUGACAACUUGUCAUCCAUUCACCAAAAGCGAAAUAUCACCAGAAUCUCAGAAGCAGAUCGUGAAAGGAGAUUACGAUUUUGUUUUCUACGCGUAUGAGUACUGGAUUUAUCACCUAAGAGAGUCGUUCCGGAGUCACACGUCGGCAGCUUCGAAGGAUCUCGCUGAUGUUAGGAAAACAAUAUGUCACAUGGUGUUUGAUAUGCUGAAGGCCAUGAACCAAUCUCGGCUGGACAAGGCAUUCCUUGACAACGUCGAGGCCCUAAAGGACAGACUCAAUACCCGGGGAUCAAAUCUCGAGGAUAUUCUUAGACCGAUUCUACGUCCACUUGCUAACCAAACGUUAUUCCUUCCACGUGGAUUCGAUCCGGUCCCACACCCAGGUAGUCAGCGGAGCUCAAGCAUCCUCGACAUCGCGUUCACCAACUUCCAGAACGCCUUCGAGGAACUAUACGAAGCUGGUUCCUCCUUUGAUCCCUCCAGAUUAGGUAUCGCAGUCACGGAUCUGGACAGUUUCAAGACACGUUACAGCCCUACUCCGUAUCUAUGUCGCUACUGUGAGUGCGAUGCGGGCGCUGUUGGUUUCACGAGCGCUCCGGAGCGUGAAGAGCACGAGCUAUUCCACCGAGGAUUUUUCGGCUGUACUGAGCCUGCAUGCGAUUUCCGUGUCCUUAAAUUUGCUUCUUGGAUUGAUUUACGAAGGCAUGUGGAGAACUACCACGGCGACAAAGAUGCACCAUCACAGACAUCUCACGCGAAAGGCAAACGACCGAGACACGGAAGUUUGCUGCCUCUAUCCACCACUAAAGGCAAGGCUGGCGAGCUCAGGACGAGAGAUCCUACACAUGAGUUGCUACGUGAAUCUGAGGUCGGCACACUGGCUCGGAUCUUUCGAAGCUGUGUCAGACUACUCAAGUCGAUGGUAACCAUCCUACGGGAAUCCCAAGCUCCUCCUCACCUGCUGGAAGGAAAAUUGAUGCGGGCUUUGAAUACACUUCAGCUCUGGGGAAAUGCUUAUCAAGUCGACGAGGGAUACCUGGAUAAACUAUUAUGCAAAUCAACGGAGCUGCGAACCACUACAGCAACGCUGCUGGCCGGAAUUGGAAGCAUAUUAUCCUCUCGAUUGCUAGGGUCUCUGUUUCAGACUGAGAAGAAUCGAUUAGCCGCUAUUGAAAGCAGCAGAAUCCAGAGUGCGUUAGACGAUGCGCGCCACAUCGCAGAGGAUUAUCAGUGGUUACAUGACGACGAUGAAUUAGCGGACGAACGUGCGAAUGCCGGAGGCGAUUCUAACAGUCCACGAGCAGAAGAGGUUGAAGCUGUCGCUGAUGGCCUCUGUGACUACUCUCUCGAGUUGAUGCAGAUGAACGAUCUUUUCGACUCGCCAUUUCUUCACGAGAAAGUCUCCAACAAGACGUCUGCUUUGCCACUUGCAGAAAGUACCAAGUCCUUGCUGCGUCACUCUGAUGCUACCACAGGCACCAUAUUAAAAGCCCCAUCAGUCCUUGAGGCCAGUCCUCCAUUGAGCUCUAGUGUUGAAGUCAUAAAGUCCUCAGAGACUCUCAAUAUAGGCCGUGUACAGAAAGAAGGACGAUCAGCACUACAUGACCUAAAAGGACCGCAAAAGAUUCUUUCGUUUACCAGCUACUGCUAUGGCAUGAUUUCUGGCAAGGUUCUGGUUCUAUCUGGUUCACCUCUCUCAGUAUCAGACUUGGUUUUCGUUCCGCCGGACAGACUUUACCAGACUCCAGAGGGCGAUCAGUGGGCAAGCUUCGAAGAGCAAGUCGCUAAUGUUUGCGCUUCUCUGGUGGAGUAUCACGGAGUCAGCCUCCAGAUCUCUGUCAGGAAUGAUAAUGGAAAGGAUGGUUCAUCAGAGAAGACAUCCACUCCAAAGAAAACCCCAAGGCACCAAAAGGAUAUCAUCGCCAACAUCAUCAUCUAUGGGCCUCCAGCACUCUGCGAAUCAGUUGGAGACUACCUGUCCGCUGCCGGGUUCUUCCUACAACAUCCAACGCAUUGUAAUCAAGAUGUGCAGUAUUUGAACCCUCACGUCCUUGGUUUCGGCGAGGACAACCUUCAGUUCACGUCUGAGCUCUUCCCGGGUGAACCGCAAGACGAAACAGAACUUGACAAAAACCCUCUUUCGAACUUCUAG